UACAAAAUAUUAUUUUAAAAUGUGUAAAUUACCUAUGGCUUUGCAGAGAGAUUAUAUUCAAUGGUAGAUUUCUCCACUGAUCCUGAUAGCUAAAUGAAUCCUUGUUCACACCUCCAAAUACCAUUAGCUAAGGGACAAAACAUCAGUGAGAUAUGUUGCUUUAUGCCCAAGAACAUGUGCCUGGAUGCUGUUAGAAACCGACUAUGUAAACCCAAGUAAAAUUUUCUUGUUUAAAUCAGGGACAUAAACAUAUAAAUACCAUAUAUAUUUUGGCAGGCUAAGCAUAAUACUUUUCCUUUUCUAGGUUUUUUGUUUAUGUCAAAAAUACUUGCUGAAGGCAGCGCAACUCAAGACGUUACACCUUUGACCAUUGCCAAUGAAUACUCUAACAAGAGGAACUGGGGUGUUUUGCUCCCCAGUAUAGUUGGUGGGACAUUAGUAGCCCUGUAUUCCGUGGCCAUUCCAUUUAUUGCUCCAGCACUGAGGAAGCAUUGCCUGCCGUUUGUGCCUGCAACUUCAAAGCAGGUUGAAAAUGUCCUGAUCAUGUUGAAAGGCAGAAACGGAACGCUAGUUGACAUCGGAAGUGGCGAUGGACGCAUUGUAAUAGCAGCUGCAAAAGUUGGAUUUAAAGCUGUGGGUUAUGAAUUAAAUCCUUGGUUAGUAUGGUAUUCGAGGUACCAUGCCUGGAGAGAGGGAGUUCAUCAAGAUGUCAAUUUUUACAUUUCAGACUUAUGGAAGGUCAGUUUUUCACAGUAUACAAAUGUUGUUAUUUUUGGAGUUCCUCAGAUGAUGCUGCAGCUGGAGAAGAAACUUGGAGAUGAACUCCAGCCAGAUGCCAGGGUCAUUGCCUGUCGCUUUCCUUUUCCCCAUUGGAGUCCAAAUCAUAGCUUUGGUGAAGGCAUUGACACGGUUUGGGCAUAUGACUCCAAAUCGUUUAGAAUGAAAAAGGAAAAUGAUGCAGCUAUUGUCAAGGGUAUUCUUUCUAGUUAGUUAAAACUCCAGGGAUAAUGCCACGUUGGCUUUGAAUUGUGAAUGUGGGUGUUUUAUAGGUCACAUUAUUUCUUGUGGCUCUUGGGUUCGUGGGCAAACAUUUCAGAAGUUUCUGGAAAUAUCUUAUGUGUAAUGCACUCUAAGUGUUAAGCAA